AUGCAUGUCGGAAGGCUUCAUCUUGGCACUCUACUCACGAGAGAAUCUUCAGCCGAUCGGCCCAGAAUCCUACCGUUACUGGGAUUGACCAUCGAUCAGCGCCAGAAUGGUAUGGACUGCAUUGUAUUCCAAUGGAUGCACAUUUUCUGGGCAGUGCUGUACAGGAUGUCUGCCGCCAGAUAUCUCAAAGUACCCCGGCAGUCAUGCUCUCGAAACGAUGGCGGUGAUGCCAGUGUACAUACAAGAGGAUCUAUCUGGCUGGCUAUUUUUGCUGAUGAGAACGAACGCCGUGCAACGAACGCAACGUGCCGGUUGGGUCGUGGUCGGUAUGAAAUAGCAGCGAACACCGACAAACGGGUGUGGCUGAAAAGGCCGUUGGCACUAUUGGCGUGGGCAAUGUUUACACUCAUCACAGCCAUGCUUUUCUGGACACUUGUUGUCAUAUUGCUAGAAGUUGGGACCCCUGGUCACUCCGCCCCCCCCCCCCCCCCCCGGGAUCAUGACUUCAUCUGGUUCAUGCGCGGUGCGUGUGCUGCAGGUACCGGUACCGCCCGUUGGAGCCCGGCUGUUGUUUGUCCGGACUUCAAAGCCUACUAUUCACAAGAUAUGAUCCAUGUCUCGAGCUUCCUCACCACACCACACCACACCAUUUCAUCUGACGUCCUGCGGAACUGGUUCGAUGAGAGACACUGUCUUAUUCUCCGCAAGAUGUUUGUGUCUCGCAAGAUCACUAUCUACAGCCUUCUCCUCCUCAAGUCGCGACUUGGCGAUGAUCCACGGAAAAACUUCCCCAAAACUACGUCGUCGUGCCCGAUCCGCAGAGGAGCCUGA